AUGUCAAAAUGCAUCCCUGCUCAGGGUCCGGUACUUGGAACCAAAGUAAUUGACUGCACCUUAGACAUACGCACACCUAGUAGAGAAAAUGUACCCCCUGAUGCAUUUAUUUAUGUCACUCUGGUUGAUGGGUUCAUCAGGGAUGGUGAUCUCCAUGAGGCAAAAGAACUCUUUGAUAUCAUGAUUGGAGAAGGCAUGGAUCCUGGUGUUGUGAGAUAUAAUGCCAUGAUUAAGGGUGGUGCCCUAAGGAUGUUUAAACAGAUGGUGAAAAGAAAAUGCAAUCCCAAUGUGGUAACAUACACUUCCCUAAUCAAUGGAUUUUGUCGAAAUGGAGAUUUAAGUACGGCUGAAAAAGCUUUUAAAGAGAUGCAAUCUUGUGGUUUGGAACCUAAUGUAGUCACAUACACUAUACCUACUGGGAGUUUUUGCAAGGAAGGUAAACUGGCAAAAGCAGUCUUCUAUUUUGAGUUGAUGCUAUCUAUCAAGUGCAUUCCUAAUGAGGUUACUUUCAAUUAUAUCGUAAAUGGCUUCACAAACAGUCCAAGUGCAGUUCUGGAUAAUCAGUGCUUGGAGAAGAGAUCUCUUUUUCUUGAAUCUUAUAAUAUGAUCAUAUCUGAUGGAUUGGUUCAAAGAGCUGCUGUUUAUAACUCUAUCCUCCUCUGCCUUUGCCGUUGUGAAUUUUCAUCUUUGACUUAG